AAGCGGGUUCCUUUCCCCUGAGCCAAGAAGCCCGCGGAUUUUCAAACCGAAAAAAUUAUUUUUAUUUUUAUUUAUUUUCUCAUGUUUGGCAUAAUUUCCCGUGAAAUAAUUCCAAAUAAUUCCCAGCUUCAAUUGAUCGUUUCGUCAAUUGCUCCACCUCUUGAUUCCUAUUUCCUUUUAUCAAUCAAGUAAUCGAGUAAUAAUUUGAUUUCCUAGAUUUUUCCAAAAAAUUCCGGUGAAUUUCACCCGAAACCACGCAGAUAUAAAGAGGCAUACAUCCAUCCUCAUACGAAAGCGCAAAACGGUUACGGCAUUCAAAGGCAGCUCGUAUAUGCGCUCGCGCUGUUGUGGGAACUAUUUUUUUUUUCAGAAUCAAAGAUGGGCUACGAAAAUGACCCUUACCGUGAUGAGGAUGGUGAGCCAUUGAUGGACUUUGAUGAGGAUAUGCCGUCGGACGGGGACGAGCCUCAGCAAUAUUUAUUGGAUGAUGAAGCUGACACUGUACAUGAUCGCAGAGAGCGAUCCACAACUCCAGUGUACAGUGACUCAAAGGCAAAUCCCCGAAAGCGGUUGAUUAAGAAGUACUCAUCUGACAAAGUGUCACGCCCCGUGGACUUUGGUUUGGAGGAUGAAGAGGUUGGUGGGGAUUAUAGUGGUGGUGAUGAGGAUAACAGAGCCGGGGUGAUGAAAGAAAGUCAUAUGGGUGGUGGAAAGAGAAAGGAGGGAGGAGAGAAGAGGAAAAGUGUGGAGAAAAAGCGGAAGGGGGAGGCAGAGGCUAGGAAUUUUAAGGUUAAGAGGAAUGGAGGAGGAAGAGUGAGGGAUGAGGAAGCUGAUCCUGAGAUGAAGGAGAUGUGGGACACAAUCGCGGGCGGUGAUUCUGAGGAGGAUCAAGAUGGCGUUAGGACCCUGGAUGAUGAUAACUUCAUUGAUGACAGUGGUGUGGAUCCUGCUCACCGGUAUCUAAGUGACAAUGAACACUCGCCAAGUCGUGCUCCCCAGGCUGAAGAAGGAGAAGAGGAUGCAGAAAUAAAUGAUCUCUUCAAGAUAGGCAAGAAAAGAAAGAAAACUGAAAAGAGUCCUGCCGAGGUUGCUCUUCUCGUGGAAAACGUUAUGGCUGAACUGGAGGUGGUUGCUGAGGAAGAUGCUGAACUUAAUCGUCAGGGGAAACCUGCCAUAAACAAAUUGAAGAAGCUAUCCCUUCUCACAGAUGUCCUAUCAAAAAAACAACUUCAGCAAGAAUUUCUAGAUCACGGAGUUUUGACUCUCAUGAAAAAUUGGCUUGAGCCUCUACCGGAUGGGAGCUUGCCAAACAUCAACAUCCGUGCUGCAGUUCUCAGGAUUCUGUUUGAUUUUCCAAUUGAUUUGGAGCAGUUUGAUCGUAGAGAACAGUUAAAGAAAAGUGGCCUUGGAAAGGUCAUUAUGUUUUUGUCGAAGUCGGAUGAGGAGACUACAGCCAACCGAAAACUUGCUAAAGAGUUGGUUGACAAAUGGAGCCGUCCAAUUUUCAACAAGAGCACAAGGUUUGAGGACAUGAAGAACUUUGAGGACGAAAGGGUUUUGAGGCAGCCUUCUGUCAAAAAGGUUAAAGGAUCAGGAAUGCCAUCUGGAGACUAUGACCUUGAUUUAUCUAAAAAAUCUACAGGGGGGUCAAAAUCUGGUCAUUCAUCUUCUAGUCAGCAUGCUUCAAGGCCGGAAGCAAUGUCGAUGGAUUUUUUGGUCCGUCCUCAGUCCAAGGUUGAUCCAGAUGAAGUUAGGGCUCGGGCUAAACAAGUAGUACAAGAUCAGCGUCGUGUGAAGAUGAACAAGAAGUUGCAGCAGUUGAAAGGGCCAAAGAGAAAGCAGCUACAGGCGACAAAACUCAGCGUCGAAGGCCGUGGUAUGGUGAAAUAUCUCUAGUUAUUUUGCUCUGCCGUUAACUAAGGUAGUGACAGUUAUCUGAUCGCCAGCCUGAGUUAGUAGCUGCUAGUGUAGAAUUUUCAGUGACUGGCUUAGUUGAGAACCUAUUUAUUCCAAAUUUUGCCUGUUUAUCUAUCGCUAUAGCUUUCAUUUUUUUUGUUGGAUAAAUAAAUUUUUAAAGACUGCGUGAUGGAGGACUCGAACUUGAGACCUUUUUAAAUCUCUAUAGCUUUCUUACAUUUUGUUAAAGAACGACAUCAUUUGCUGUGGGACUUGGGUUCUACAGUUUCUCAUAUAGAAUAAAUCCUCUUUACUAGUUUUGUUCU